CCCACAUCGGUGUUUUCAACCUCACAUCAACCUCCGGCCUCAGCAAUAUCUAAUACAAAUAAGAUGACGGACAGGCAAACAGCAUACUCGAUCAGCCUCUUUGGGAGUCAGGCGGGAGAUGAACGUCAAAAUGGUGCCUCCCCCUCACGCAUUCAGCAAGCGCUUGUCGAUUUUGUUAUGGACUUCCAUCUCGACAAUGUGUUUAUCUACAGAGACCAAAUACGGGAGAACGUGCUUGUCAAACAAUACUACUGCGAUAUCGAUAUUGCACAUCUGAUAUCCUAUGACGAAGAGUUGGCGCACAAACUCACACAGGAUCCUGCUGAAAUCAUACCUCUCUUCGAGGCAGCUCUCAAAACAUGCACACAGCGCAUUGUUUAUCCUUCCCAAACCGUUAAACUCCCUGCACAUCAACUGCUUCUACACUCAUCAGCAGCCGAACUUUCAAUUCGAGAUCUCACGGCUGGAAAUGUCUCCCACCUCGUGCGGAUACCAGGCAUCAUUAUUGGUGCUUCCACGUUAUCCUCAAAAACUACCGCCCUCGCAAUUCGAUGCCGCAACUGCUCACACGAAGAAAUCAUGUCGAUAUCAGGGGGUUUCUCGGGUGUAUCGCUUCCCCGUACAUGUGGAAGGCAGAAGACAGAAGGCGAAACGGCAGACAAAUGCCCUCUCGAUCCUUACUACGUUCUACAUGAGAGGUCACAAUUCAUCGAUCAGCAAGUACUGAAACUUCAAGAAGCGCCAGAUCAGGUGCCCGUGGGAGAGCUGCCCCGACACAUCAUGAUCUCAGCAGAUCGAUACUUGACCAAUCGUGUGGUUCCAGGAACAAGAUGUACUAUCAUGGGUGUCUUUUCGAUUUAUCAACAGAAGGGCUCGAAGAAGUCCCAAAGCGCUGCAGUUGCAAUUCGAAAUCCGUACAUUCGCGCGGUCGGAAUACAUGCGGACGUCGACCAUACAACCAAGGGCAAUGCAGUCUUCACUGAAGAAGAAGAGCAAGAAUUCCUUGAGAUGAGCAGACGGCCAGAUCUUUACGAAACUUUCGCCAAUUGCAUUGCCCCUUCCAUUUAUGGCAACAAAGAUAUCAAGAAAGCUAUCGCAUGUUUACUGAUGGGUGGGUCUAAGAAGAUUCUGCCUGACGGAAUGAAACUUCGAGGUGAUAUCAAUGUUCUGCUGCUCGGAGAUCCCGGAACGGCGAAAUCUCAGUUGUUGAAGUUCGUCGAAAAGGUAUCACCCAUCGCGAUCUACACUUCCGGCAAGGGCUCAUCGGCAGCUGGUCUUACUGCAUCUGUACAGCGGGACCACAACACACGGGAAUUCUAUCUGGAAGGAGGAGCCAUGGUCCUUGCCGAUGGGGGUGUGGUGUGCAUUGACGAGUUCGACAAAAUGCGUGACGAAGACCGAGUAGCUAUCCACGAAGCUAUGGAGCAACAGACUAUUUCGAUUGCGAAGGCAGGUAUCACAACGAUUCUCAACUCAAGAACUUCCGUGCUCGCAGCCGCCAAUCCUAUUUUCGGACGCUAUGACGAUAUGAAAACACCGGGCGAAAACAUCGAUUUCCAGACCACAAUUCUGUCCCGUUUUGACAUGAUUUUCAUUGUGCGGGACGACCAUGAUCGUGGCCGUGAUGAGCGCAUCGCGAAGCAUGUCAUGGGCAUAGCAAUGGGUGGACGUGGUGUUGAAGAGGCUAUUCAGGCGGAAAUUCCCAUCGAAAAGAUGAAACGGUAUAUCACAUACUGCAGGCAGAAAUGUGCUCCUCGUCUCUCGCCGGAAGCUGCCGAGAAGCUGUCAUCGCAUUUCGUAUCUAUUCGUCGUCAAGUUCACGCCUCAGAGAUGAACGCUAAUGCUCGUUCUUCUAUCCCCAUUACGGUCCGUCAACUGGAAGCUAUCAUCCGCAUUACGGAGUCCCUGGCCAAACUCUCACUUUCCCCUGUUGCCGAUGAGACCCAUGUUGACGAGGCCAUCCGAUUAUUCCUUGCCUCGACCAUGGACGCCGUUAACCAGGGCGAGGGCCAGGGAUCAAAAGAACUCAUGGAUGAAGUCAACAAGGUUGAGGAUGACCUAAGACGAAGAAUGCCUAUCGGCUGGCAGGUGAACCUGAGCACAUUGAAGAGGGAAAUGGUCGAUGGAAAGGGCUAUAGCGAGCAAGCACUGAGCAGGGCAUUGCAUGUUAUGGCUGCGAGAGAGACUAUAAGGUGGAGACACGGCGGUGCUGUAGUAUUCCGAAGUAGUGCGUAGAUGCAAUUCGUUGAAGUUGUGUAUGUUUGAGCGUUUAAUUACAUAGUCCCAAUAACGGAAACAAUACAGAGCGAACACCAAUG